UCACCCCCAGCCAUGUCCUCGUGCGCCGAGGUCCUUCGUUUCCAGCUGCCGGGCCACGAGGCUGCAGCCCUUCGCAGCAUGACCCGCCUGCGUGCCGAGGAGCGUUUCUGCGACGUCACCAUCGUGGCCCGCAGCCUCCGCUUCCGCGGCCACCGCGUCAUCCUGGCCGCCUGCUCUCCUUUCCUCCGGGAUCAAUUCCUGCUCAACCCGGCGGCCGAGCUGCGCGUCUCCCUGGCUCACAGCGCCCGCGUUUUGGCCGACCUCCUCCUCUCCUGUUACACCGGAGCCUUGGAGUUCGCCGGGCGAGAUUUGGUCAAUUAUCUGACGGCUGCCAGCUACCUGCAGAUGGAGCACGUGGUGGAGCGCUGCCGAGGGGCUCUGGCACGAUUCAUCCAACCCCCCCCGGAGCCCCCGCCGGCCCCCAAGCAAGAGGAAGACGACGAAGAUGAAGAAGAGGAGGAAGAAGCGGCACCCGACGUCUGCAUUGUGAAAGUGGAGCCGGGCUCGGCGCGGCGCCGGCGCCGGGAGGCAACGAUGGCGGUGGUGACGGCGGGGACGGCGGCGGCGGUGGAGGAAGCGCCGCGGUUGCCUCCGCUCGGCGUGGUGAAAGCCAGGUACAGCCUGGCAGAAGAUGCUGAAGGAGAAGGGGUGCUCAUCUUCCCCGGGCCAGGAGGAGGAGGAGGAGGUGGGGAUGAUGGCGGUGCCACGCCGGGGCCGUCCUCGUGGUCGGUUGCCGUCCCGGCGCCGGCGUCAUCGGCGUCGUGCGCCCCGGCGCGCUGCGGGAAAUGUGGGGAAGGUUUCCAAGGGGUGGAGAAAUUGGUGUUCCACAUGAGAGCCCAACACUUCGUCUUCAUGUGCCCGCGCUGCGGCAAGCAGUUCAACCACAGCAGCAACCUGAACCGGCACAUGAACGUCCACCGCGGCGUCAAAUCGCACGGCUGCGGCGUCUGCGGGAAGAGCUUCACCCAAAAAUCCACCCUGCACGACCACAUGAACCUGCACAGCGGGGAGAGGCCGUACCGCUGCUCCUACUGCGACGUGCGCUUCGCUCACAAACCCGCCAUCCGCAGGCAUCUGAAGGAGCAGCACGGAAAAACCACGGCUGAAAACGUGCAGGAGGCCAGCGGGGCCGAAAUCAACGUGCCGGUGCGCUGAGCGCGGCUCCGGGCGCCGGAUGAGGGGGUGACGCCGAGCCCCGGGCGCCCGUGGUCGUGUUUUGGACACUGUUGCCAAUGCUGAGGUUCUGCCUUUAAGGUGGGGUUGUUGGCCGGCGUGGUUGGACCAUAAAAAAUCCCCUUGGGGUUUGUUGGCCCCGAGUUUCGUCGCCCCAAAACGGCGAGGUUUGGUGUUGGGCGUUGGGUUUGGCCAACCAGAACGGUGAGGUUUGACUUUGGAUGAUGAGUUUGGCCAACCAGAACGGCAAGCUUCAAGUUUGUACAGUGCGUUUGGCCUCCCAAAAUGGUGACAUUCGGCGUUGGGCGUUGGGUUUGGCCACCCAGAACGGCGAGGUUCAACUUUGGAUGAUGAGUUCGGUCAUGAGAACAUCCACGUUGACUUUGGACGUUGGGUUUGGGCACCCAGAAUGGCAACAUUCGGCGUUGGGCUUUGGGUUUGGCCACCCAGAAUGGCAAGCUUCACGUUUGGACUGUGAGUUUGGCCACCCAAAACAGCGAUGUUCAGCGUUCAGCCGUGGGAUUGGCCAAGCAGACCAGUGAGGUUCGACUUUGGGCGAUGGGUUUGGCCAACCAGAAUGGCGACACUCAGUGUUGGAUGUUGGGUUUGGCCACCCAAAAUGGUGACAUUUGGUGUUGGGAAUUGGAUUUGGCCAACCAGAACAGUGAGGUUCAACUUUGGACAGUGGGUUUGGCCAAACAGAAUGGCAAAAUUUGGCGUUGGAUGUUUGGUUUGGCCACCCAAAAUGGUGAGAUUCAACUUCGGACGAUGAAUUCAGUCGUGAGAACAGCAGUGUUGUCUUCAGACGUUGGGUUUGGCCAUCCCAAAUACCUCGGGACGAUGGGUUUGGCCAUAAAGAAUUCCUCAGGCUGUUGGCAGAUGUUGAGUUUUGCCACCCAAAAUGAUGACAUUCGGUGCUGGGCGUUGGAUUUGGCCAACAAGAACGGUGAGAUUCGACUUUGGAUGGUGGGAUUGGCCAACCAGAACGACGACGUUUGGCAUUGGCUUUGUGUUUGGCCGACUAGAGGAGCGAGGUUCAACAUCAGACAAUGGAUUUGGCCACCCAAAAUGGCAGCCUUCGGCAUUCAUCGUUGGCUUUGGCCAUCCAGAACAGCGAGCUUCAACUUUGCACGGUGGAUUCGGUCAUGAGAACAUCGGUGUUGUCUUCAGACGUUGGGUUUGGCCAUAACAAAUCCCUCAGGCUCUUGUCAGAUGUUGAGCUUGGCCACCCAGAAUGGCAAAAUUUGGCGUUAGACGUUGGGAUUGGCCACCCAAAAUGGCAGCCUUCGGCGUUCGGUGUUGGAUUUGGCUGCCCAGAAUGGCAAAAUUUGGUAUUGGAUGUUGGGUUUGGCCACUGAAAACGGCGACAUUCAGCAUUGGGUGUUGGGUUUGGUCACCCAAAAUGUUGACAUUCGGCGUUGAGUGUUGGAUUUGGUCACCCAAAAUAGCAAACUUCAAGUUUGGACGGUGAGUUUGGUUACCCAGAAUGGCGGCAUUCGGUGCUGGGCGUUGGGUUUGGCCAAUCAAAACGGUGAGAUUCGACUUUGGGCGAUGGGUUUGGCGGAGCAGAAUGGCAAAAUUCAGCACCGGGCGUUGGGUUUGGCCACCCAAAAUGACAAAAAACUUCAGCUUUGGAUGAUGGGGUUCGGUCGUGAGAACGUCAGCGUUGGGUUUGGCUGCCCCAAAUCCCUCAGAGUGCCCUGAAAUGUUGAGUUUCACCACCCAGAAGGCCAUGGGUCAGUGUUGGACGUUGGCUUUGACCAUCAGAACAUCGGUGUUGUCUUCAGAUGAUGAAUUUGGCCACCCCAAAUUCAGGACAACGGCUAUGGUUGCCCCAAAUCCUUCAGGACUUUGGGUUUGGUUGCCCCAAAUCCCUCAAGACUUUAGGUUUGGUUGCCCAGAACGUCAUGGAUCAAUGUCAGCUGUUGGGUUUGGCCAUCAGGGCGUUGAUGUUGUCUUUGGACGAUGAUUUUGACUACCACAAAAUCAUCAGGACGUUGAGUUUGGCCACCCCAAAUUCCUUGGGGUGCCAGCAGAUGUUGAGUUUGGCCACCCAGAACGCCGUGGGUCAACGUUGGAUGUUGGCGUUGGCCAUCAGAACGUCGGCUUUGUUUUUGGAUGAUGACUUUGGCCACCACGAAUCCCUCAGGGUGUCCUCAGAUGUUGAAUUUGGCCACCUGGAACACAUUGGGUCAGCAUUGGACGCUGGCUUUGGCCAUCAGGAUGUCAGCGUUGUCUUCAGGCCGUGGUUUUGGUUGCCCUACGAUGGGUUUUCUUGCCCAGAACGCUGCAGGUCAACCUCGGACCGUGGGUUUGGCCAUCAAGAUGUUGGUGUUGCCUUUUGCCAUUGAGUUUGGCCACCCCAAAUCCCACGGGGUGCCAUCAGAUGUUGAGUUUGGCCACCCAGAACCCCUUGGGUCAACGUUGGACGUCGGCUUUGGCCAUCAGGACGUUGGAUGACGAUUUUGGCUGCCCCACAUCCAUCAGGACCAUGAGUUUGGCCACCCAGAAUCCUGUGGGUCAAUGUUGGAGGUCGGCUUUGGCCAUCAGGACGUUGGAUGACGAUUUUGGCUGCCCCACAUCCAUCAGGGCCAUGAGUUUGGCCACCCAGAAGUCCAUGGGUCAACGUUGGACGUCAGCUUUGGCCAUCAGGACGUUGGAUGAUGACUUUGGCUGCCCCACAUCCAUCAGGACGUUGGGUUUGGCCACCCCAAAUCCCACAGGGUGCCAUCAGAUGUUGAGUUUGGCCACCCAGAACCCCUUGGGUCAAUGUUGGACGUCGGCUUUGGCCAUCAGGACGUUGGAUGAUGAUUUUGGCUACCCCACAUCCAUCAGGACCAUCAGUUUGGCCACCCAGAAGUCCAUGGGUCAGUGUUGGACGUUGGCUUUGGCCAUGGGGUCAGCGUUGCCUUCAGGCGCUGGCUAUGGCCGCCCCGCAUCCCUCAGGAUAAUGGUUUGGCCACCCCACAUCCCCGAGGGCACUGAAUUUGGCCACCCCACAUCCCUGAUUUGGCCACCCCACAUCGCUGAGGACGAUGCUUUGGUUGCCCCACAUCCCUGAAGAUGCUGAAUUUGGCCACCCCACAUCCUUCAGAUCCAUGAUUUGGUUUCCUUGCCCCAAUUUUGGGUGGCCAAAUCUGUGGGGCCAUCAGCUGCGGGUCUGUGGCCACCCCAAAUCUUUUGGGGCCACCUUUGGGUGCUGGGUUGACCC